ACUUUACGUCAGCACGUGGGAGCGUUGAGGCUGGGUCUCCGGAAUAGAAGUUGGGGCUUCCUGCGCGUGUCUGUGGUGAGAGCAUCUACCCUGGGUAGUAGAGUUUGGACCUCAUGGCGGAGAUAAUUCAGGAACGCAUAGAAGAUCGACUCCCCGAAUUGGAACAGCUGGAGCGCAUUGGACUGUUCAGUCGCGCGGAGAUUAAGGCUAUCAUUAAGAAGGCUUCAGAUCUAGAAUACAGAAUACAGCGUAGAACUCUUUUUAAGGAAGACUUCAUCAAUUAUGUUCAGUAUGAAAUUAAUCUUUUGGAGCUGAUCCAGAGAAGAAGAGUUCGCAUUGGGUAUUCAUUUAAGAAGGAUGAGAUUGAGGAUUCUAUUGUACACCGGGUACGAGGUGUUUUCCGACGUGCUUCAGCCAAGUGGAAGGAUGAUGUUCAACUCUGGCUGUCUUAUAUAGUCUUUUGUAAGAAGUGGGCUACCAAAGUUCAACUUAGCAAGGUAUUCUCUGCCAUGUUGGCCAUUCAUUCAAACAAGCCAGCUUUGUGGAUUAUGGCAGCCAAAUGGGAAAUGGAAGAUCGCUUGUCUUCAGAAAGUGCAAGACAACUAUUUCUCCGGGCUCUGCGCUUUCAUCCAGAGUGCCCAAAACUUUACCAAGAAUACUUUAGGAUGGAGCUGAUGCAUGCCGAGAAAUUGAGGAAGGAAAAGCAAGAAUUUGAAAAAGCCAAGAUGGAUGUGGGGAAUCUUGAGUACGCUGAGGAAAUCCUUACGGGCGAACUGGCACGGAUCAUCUACAAAAAUGCUGUAAGCAUAAUUAAAAGUGCAGAAUUUCAUGUGUCACUGCUUUCAAUAGCACGGCUGUUCGACUUUGCCAAAGAUCUGCAAAGAGAAAUUUAUGAUGACCUUCAGGCUGUGCACACGGAUGACCCCUUCACUUGGGAUUAUGUGGCCCGGCGAGAAUUAGAGAUCGAGUCGCAGCCAGGAGAAGAGCCACCUGCGAUGAAACAGGCCAAAGCAGCGGAGGUGGGCCGCAGGGAGGAGAGGUGCUGUGCUGUGUACGAAGAGGCGGUGAAGACGCUGUCCACAGAGGCCAUGUGGAAAUGCUACAUCAAUUUUUGCAUGGAAAGGUUUGCUAAGAAGACAAAUAGUCGGCUCCUCAGAGAGAAGAGGCUGGAAAGAACCAUGGUUGCCUUCAGGAAGGCACACAAACUCAAACUUCUCCCGGAAUUCCAGUACAAGCAGUGGAUCGAGUUGUUGCUGCACCGGGACUUCUUUAAGGAAGCUCUGGAGGUGGCGGAAGCUGGGAUGGAAUUGUUCAGAGACUCUGUGACAAUGUGGCAGAUGAAGCUGCGGGUGCUGAUCGACUCAAAGAGCCCCGACACAGCCAUGCUUUUUGAGGAAGCCUUUGUGCACCUGAAGCCCCAGAUUUGUCUGCCACUAUGGAUUUCUUGGGCAGAGUGGAGUGAAGGUGCCAAAAGUCAAGAAGACACCGAAGCAAUCUUUAAGAAAGCUAUCUUAGCUGUCACGGGUGCCGACUCAGUCACUCUGAAGGAGAAGUACCUGGAUUGGGCUUACCGAAGUGGUGGCUGCAAAAAGGCCAGAGCUGUGUUUAAAAGUUUACAGGAAAGCCGUCCAUUUUCAGUUGAUUUUUUCAGGAAGAUAAUCCAGUUUGAAAAGGAGCAAGAAUCCUGCAAGAUGGUGAACUUAAGGGAGUAUUAUGAGAGGGCUUUGAGAGAAUUCGGAUCUGUAGAUUCUGAUCUUUGGAUGGAUUACAUCAAAGAAGAAUUGAACCACCCCCAUGGUAGACCUGAGAACUGCGGACAGAUCUACUGGCGAGCCAUGAAAAUGUUACAGGGAGAGUCAGCAGAGCAGUUUGUAGCUAAACAUGCUAUGCAUCAGGCUGGCCAUUUGUGAAGAGAGGAAGAACCCAGCCAACUUUGUGAGAUGGAAUUGUGAGCCCUCUGGGCAUAUUGUAUUGUGCAUUCAUUUGCAGUUCACUGAGAUGUCAGACAAGAUGGCUGCAUAAUUUCUUGACAUGCUUUAAUUUUGUAAUGUGUUCAUCUUUAAUUCCAGAAAAGAGAACUGCUUGUUCAGUGGUGAAAGGCCAAUUGUUGAGGCCAGACUUACCGUGGUUCUAAGUGUUUUCCAAAAUAUAUGGAAAUCUGAUAACCAAGCUGCUUUUUUAAAUCCCUGGUCAAGCAUUGAAUAUCUCUAAUCUAGGCCUAGGGGCCUGUUAAAAUGGAGGAGAAAGUACAAUUCCGUUUGUUAAUUUUGUCCUUGUUAUGAAAGUAUACAUGGUAUGCAUUUGUUUUAGAAAAUACACAAGAAAUAGAAUAAUGUGGAGAAGAAAAUCAAAGCAAUCUGUAAUUUCAUCAUUGGGACUUAAACUGAGUAAUUUGAUUUUCUUUUAUUAGAAUUGGAUUUAUACUGUUAGGUCAUUUCAUUCAUUCAUUGAGUGCCCAUGAUGGGUAGAAAAGAAGGGAAGCUUUUUGGGAUGGAGUUAGGGGUUGGAGGAACAGAGUUGGAUGUCCUGAAUUGGUUGAAGCAGCAGAGAAGGAUGCUGGGUAUUGGGGCAAAAGUUGUCCUUUAAGAAGAUUAAGAGCUUCUAUCUCUGGGACUAAUCUGCAGAGAAGUGUUUACAUUGCAGAGGCCCAGCAACAAAAGAAGGGCAGGGUACAGGGUAGGUUAGAAAGAGAAGGGCUCCAGAGGCAGGGUGAAGGAUGUCUUGGAGCAGAGAAGGGCAUUCUGGGAGCAGGGGAGGCAGUUGUUUGACUUGCAUAUCUUUUAACUUAACAUGAUGAUAUCACUGGGAGAAGCAUUCAGUGCAGUGUUCCUUACUGUUAAACAUUUUACUUAAUAUUAUGUUAUUUUUCCAUGUCAUUAAAUAGCCUUAAAAACAUUUAAUGUUCAUAACAUUCCAUUGUAUAGUUGAGCCGUGACUUAUUUUACUAAUCCCCUAUAGUUGGACGUUGUAAUGUCUCAUUUUUUCUUAUUAAUGCCAUUGGUGAAGAUUCUUGCAAAUCUUUGCUCAUAUCCCUGGUUAUUUCUUUAGGAGACAGACAUCUGACAAUAGAAUUACUGCAUUAAAGAGUAUAACUAUUUUAAAGAAUACUGAUAAAUAUUGCCAGUUUGCAAUGUAUGAAAAUAUUUUCAAACACUGUAUGAAAAUGUCAACACCCUUACCUGCCGUAGGUAUUACAUUUAUUUUUAUCAUUGUAAUAGGUGAAAAGUGGAAUGUCAUUAUUUUAAUGUGCAUUUCUUUGGUAUUAGUGUAGUUAAUGUAUUUUUUCCUGGUUAUCUCGUCUUUUCAUUUUUGACUAUUUUUUGAACUUUUUUUUUACUAACUUAAAAGAGUUUUUUGUAUAUUAAGAAUACUAAUCUUUAAUUUGUUUCUUCUUUGUUGCAAAUAGUUUUCCCUCAGCUCUUUUUUCUGAUGGUUUUUGAGGUUCAGCGGUUUUGUGUGUGUGUGUGUGAUUUGUUGUUGAGAACCCUGCCUCUUGCUGAGGAUAACUCAGUUUUUUUCCCCAAGCAGUUAGCUCAGUUCUCCACACCACCAUUUAAAUGUGGCCAUUUUUCUCUCUGCUGAUUUGUAGUACUACCUUUAUUAUAUAUUAAACUCCUAUGAAGAUUAA